GUUCCACCCGGACCAGGAGCAGCGUGACUCUCGGCGGCGGCGUGUGUUGAUGGAUCCGGGCGGGUGUUGUCGUCUCUGACGGGGCUGUGCGGGGCCGGGAUGAGCUCUGCGGGGACGGGCUCCGCGGGGAUGCUCUGCCGGCUGGCCGCCGUCAUGGAGUCGCUGGUCCACGCCGCGGUGGCGGAGCUGCAGACGCUGCUGGAGGGAGAAGAGCCGAUGGUGAUGUUUGCGUCCGUCAUGGAGGUACUGGGGAACGAGGCUCUGGGGAAGAUCCUGAACAUCGUGGAGGAAACCCGGCUGGUGGUGGAGCUGCAGUCGGGGCGGAGCGGCAAGAAGCUGCAGAUCAGGGUCCUCAAUAUCCUCCGCAACUCUGACGUGGGGCUGGAACACUCGUACGGAGUCAGAGAGCAGAGCUGUGACGCGGACCAGCUGUCCCAGGCCAGACCGGAGGAAGACGACAGGCCCGAGACUCCGUUCGUGCCGGCUGUCACCGUCAAAGACGUGAACGGAAACAUCGACCUGGGAGCCAUCGCAGAGAGAGCUCGUGUGGACGCCGAUCCGCCGCCUCCACCGGGGGGGUCUGGCCCGCCGCAGGAAGACCCCCAGAAGUUGUUGGCGUGUUCCGUUUGCGAGAAGUCCUUCUCGUCUCCGGGCAACCUGAAGGCGCACCAACUGAUCCACACGGACGAGAAGCCGUUCCCCUGCAGCGUCUGUGGCCGGGCCUUCCGCCAGCGCCAGAGCAUGCAGAACCACAUGCGCACGCACACCGGCGAGCGCCCGUUCGAGUGCACGCAGUGUGGGAAGCGCUUCUCCAAACCGGGGCAGCUCAAGACCCACUCGGUCAUCCACACCGGCGAGAAGCCGUUCGUCUGCGAAGUGUGCGGCCGGCGCUUCAACCUGCUGCAGAACCUGCACCGCCACACCGUCAUCCACACCGGUGAGAAGAUCUACGUCUGCAACGUCUGCGGCAAAGGCUUCACGCGCGCCGUGGCGCUCAAGACGCACCAGCUCAUCCACAGCGGCCAGAAGCCCUUCACGUGCGAGCAGUGCCACAAGACGUUCCGGCACGCCGGCAACCUCCGCAACCACGUGAGGAUCCACAGCGGCGUGCGGCCCUUCCGGUGCGAGCUCUGCGGGAAGACCUUCCGGCAGUCGGUGAACCUGAAGAUCCACCGGCGGAUCCACACCGGCGAGCGGCCGUUCAAGUGCCGCGAGUGCGGCAAGAUGUUCAGCCAGCAGAGCAGCCUGAUCUCGCACCGGCGCGUCCACUCGGAGGAGAAGCCCUUCCAGUGCCACUUAUGCGACAAGAAGUUCAACAACGCCAACAGCCUGAAGCUGCACAUCCGCGUCCACACCGGCGAGAAGCCGUACACCUGCGACAUCUGCGGCCGGGCCUUCAGCCAGGCCAGCCACCUGCGGACGCACCAGAGACACGUACACGGCGGCGGCAAGCAGUUCAUCUGCGACAAGUGUGGGAAGAGGUACGCGGACCAGCGGAACCUGACCCUGCACAAGUGCUGCUACUAGUGACGCCGCGCCGAGGACGUGCCAGUUUUCAUCGAUGUCUGCAGCUGCGAUACUUGAAUGUUUUGUUCCAAAAGAAUAAUAUUUUUUCAGGUUUACACGAACGCGUUGAUGACGUGGACCUGCCUGACCAAUCAGAGCUCACGCGUUCAGGGGUCGCCACCCGCCACGAACACUUCAAACAGUAUACCACCUGUCGCCAUGGAGAUGGCUCCAACCCUACCUGUGACGGCAUUCUGUUGCUGCGCUCUCAUUGGUCGAGGCAUUGAAUUUAAGUAUUGAUGACAAUGAACCUUCUUCAGAAGGUGUUUUUUAUACAUUUUUAUGUUGGAAAAAAUGAGAAUAAAAUGUGUUCAAAAUUCAAAAAAGAA